AUGAAAAGCAUCACUGCAUAUCAAACAACAUUGGGCCCAGAUGAUUAUGAAACACUGACAACUGUUGAAGAAUUUUGCAAAUGGCUUGUUCAAAAUGGGGAAAAGCAGGAGGCUUAUAGACUGCUAAAGGCUUCAUUGAGAUCUCAGGUCAUCAGCUAUGGUGACUGUAGUGAAAAAGUGGCUGAAACAUUUUAUAACAUGGGCAAGAUCUGCUUUGCCAAAGGAGAGCUUAGAAAGGCAGGUCAACUGCUAAGGAAGUGUCUGAUGAUUCAAAUCCUCAUGUAUGGAGAUGAGCACAGUAAAAGCAGGGACACAAAAAAUCUCCUGACCCUGAUGCAGAGGGCGAGUAACAGUUCAUCCAGAUGGAGAAGAGAAGACAUCCCAGGAAGAAGGCACUCUCUAUGCAAAAUCUCAGAGGCCUGA